AUGGCCAAGGCAGCCGGGGUGGUCUGCACCCUCCUCCUCCUCGCCGCACUGUGCUGCCAGAGCCUAGCCCAGAAAGCUGCGGCCACGCCGGAGAAGUGCUGCUUCAACUUCCAGACGAGAAAGAUCAGGAGAGACAACAUCCUUGCCUGCUACCCCACCAGCCCCGAGUGCUCGCACCAGGCUGUGAUCUUCAGAAUGAGGAAUGGGAAUGAGAUCUGUGCCCAGGCAAGCAAGCCCUGGGUGAAGAGGUACCAGAGGAGCUUCCAAGUCAACUCCUUCUCCAUCCCAAGCUAG